AUGGCGUCCACGAAAGCCGAUCCGCUCGACCAAAGAAUAGCAGAACAGAUUGAAGAUGUCGAGAUCAUUCCUGGAACUGAGGUGAUGAAAGAUGUGGGCGAUGUGCACUUUGCACAUGCUGGCGGCGCCAACAGCUCAGUGUACGAUUCCACUUGGAUCGUGCAUGCAGUAUUGAUCUCUUACUGACAUUUCGCAGCUUGGUUCCCCAGCCUUCCAACAAUCCCUCCGAUCCUCUGAACUGGAGCCUGCCAUGGAAGCUCAUCACUGCCGUUUCUCAACUCCUCUACGUUUGGGUCUUGGUGUGCUCUGCGCUCUCUCUCGCGCCGCUCUUCCCACUGCUCGGGAAAGAAUUUCACUUGAACCAGCAACAGCUUUCGCUGCUCACCGGACUCAAUGUCAUUACACUGGGCUUCGCGAACGUCCUGAUCGUUCCAGUCUCGAACAUCUUUGGACGUCGACCAACCGCCAUCUUCUGUGGUUCGCUGGUUAUUCUCACCAACAUCUGGCAAGCCUUAGCGAGCUCUCACCACAGCUUGCUGGCAGCUCGUGCUUGCAAUGGAAUUGUGGCUGCGACUAGUGAGACGAUUAUGGUGCAGACGAUUGCCGACAUGGUCAGGAUGCUCUCUCCGCAAAAGGGCACCAAAAAGCAUUGCUAAUCCCUUUCUAGUUCUUCCUGCACGAGCGAGCAACCUGGAUGGCCGCCUACUUCACCAUGUACUUCUCCGGCGCUUUCCUCGGCCCCAUCAUGGCAGGCAGCAUCGGUGCCGCUCAUGGCUGGCGAAGCUUCUUCUGGCUCUCCACCGCCAUGGCUGGGUUUGUCACCAUCCUGCUAAUCUUCGCGUACCCCGAGACCAAGUACCACCGCAGCAGCCACACAGGAGCCGCGGGCACCGAGGCAGUGGGCAAGAAUCCGUCCGAUGUGCAAGAGAAGGUUGUCGAAUCCGAGGCCAACAGCUACAGCGAUGCCAUUGAGGGAUCAUUCGUCAACAAGGGCCGUCCCAGCAAGGCUCAGUUCGCCCUCGCGAUGAAGCCGGAUAGCCGAUGGAUGAGCUUCGUGAUCCGCGACAUCACCACUCCCAUCCUGGUCCUCUUCAACCCCAUCGUCUUCUGGUCUGCGCUCAUGCUUGCCGGUCCUGCGGAUCUGCUUCUGCUCUUCAACUUGACCGAAUCGGGACUCUUGGGCUCUCCUGCCUACGGCUGGGACCCUCAGCAGGUCGGAUACUCCAACUUUGCCUUCUUCAUUGGAGGCGUCUUUGGUGUCGUGACUGCUGGUCCUCUUUCCGACUGGUGGGCUCGUCGCGCUACGAUCAAGAACAACGGGAUUCGUGAGGUAAGAAAUUCCCCCCCCAAACCUACACCUCGAUGAUGGACAGGCGCACGCUGACACAAAAACUUCUCACAGGCCGAAAUGCGUCUCCCCGCCCUGAUCCCCUUCUGCUGCUUCUUCCUCAUCGCCCACGUCGUCGGCGCCGUCGGCUACCAGCGCCUCUGGCCCUGGCAGGCGAUCCUCGUCUGCGGCUACGGCUUCUCCGGCCUCGCCGUGACGUCCAUUCCGUCCAUCUCCAUCGCGUACGCCAUCGACUGCUACAAGCCCAUCUCCGGCGAGAUCAUGGUCGUCGGCACCGUGCUCAAGAACGUCCUGGGCUUCUGUCUCAGCUAUUGGGUCUUCGAUAUCAUGGCGCGGGAUGGCUGGGUCACGGUGUAUAUGAUUCAGUUUGCGGUGGGUAUGUUGCCCGUGGUGCUGACGGUGCCGUUGUACUUUUAUGGCAAGAGUCUGAGGAGGUGGACGAAGAAUUCGAGUCUGCAUCGGAUGGAGGCUAUGAUUUAG